AUGAUCAAAUUAUUUAAAGGAAACAAUACUCUUUUAGCUCAAAAUGGAACUAUUACUUUUGAUGUCAAAAGAUUAGAUUACAAUUGUCAAAUGUAUAAAAAUAUGUAAUUUAGCCAAUAUUGGAAGUAUAGUAAUUUAUCUUUUCUAUUUUGUUAUUGGGUCAGGAACAAUGAUUUAAUAAAAGAUUUUUCUUUUAGCCAAUAUCUCUAAAAAAGUGGAAUUGACGAUUUUUAUCGAAGAUAAUUAUAAUGGAUGUAUAUUUUGAGUCUGAAAAUCAAGAGAGAAUAAUUGUUGCCUUUAGAGAACAAUUUCAAUUAAUGUGCAAUAGAAUUUUUAUCUCUUCUUUAUAGUGGAUAUAAUUAUAAGAAUCACCCAAUUAAAAGAGAUUUAACAAUAGAAAAGCGAUAGGAAACAAAUCUAGAUCAUAUUUAUAGAAGAAGAAUUGUACUAAUUUUCUAAUCAAAAUUUCUAUUAAAACUUUUAAAGUAAUAUUGUUCUAAUUCGAUUGAUUAAGUUAGUGGAAUACGAUUUGGGUAUUUCUCCUUUAUUUGA